AUGGCUGAACAAACCAAACCAGAAACUGUUAUUAUCCCCGCCGAGGAAGGGGAACAGUUAAUUAUACAACCCCUGGGUGCUGGCCAGGAAGUAGGAAGAUCAUGUAUUAUGUUAAAAUUCAAAGGCAAGAAAAUCAUGUUGGAUUGUGGGAUACAUCCUGGUAUGAAUGGUUAUGCCUCUUUACCAUUUUUAGAUUCAGUUGAUGUUGAAGAUAUAGAUCUGUUAUUAGUCAGUCACUUUCAUCUUGAUCAUUGUGGAGCACUGCCAUUUUUCUUAGAGAAAACUAAGUUCAAAGGUCGAUGUUUUAUGACCCAUGCCUCUAAAGCUAUCUAUAGAUGGCUAUUAUCAGAUUAUGUUAAAGUUAGUAAUAUAUCAACUGAUGAUAUGUUAUAUACUGAGGCUGAUUUAGUAAAUUCAAUGGAUAAAAUAGAAACUGUCAACUUUCAUCAGGAAACUGAAAUUAAUGGAGUUAAGUUUUGGUGCUAUACAGCUGGUCAUGUAUUAGGAGCAGCCAUGUUUAUGAUUGAAAUAGCUGGUGUCAAGAUUUUGUAUACUGGUGACUAUUCUAGACAAGAAGACAGACAUUUAAUGGCUGCUGAAUUACCUAAUGUUAAACCAGAUGUAGUUAUUAUUGAAUCAACAUAUGGUGUACAUAUACAUGAAAAACGUGAAGACCGAGAGAGUAGAUUUACUGGUUUAGUACAUGAUAUAGUCAAUAGAGGUGGAAGAUGUUUAAUACCAGUAUUUGCUUUAGGUAGAGCUCAGGAAUUACUACUUAUAUUAGAUGAAUAUUGGAGUAUCCAUCCUGAAUUACAUGAUAUACCUAUAUAUUAUGCUUCAUCAUUAGCUAAGAAAUGUAUGAGUGUUUAUCAGACAUAUAUUAAUGCUAUGAAUGAUAGAAUACGUAAACAAAUCACAAUGAGUAAUCCCUUUGUAUUUAAACAUAUUAUUAAUCUUAAGAGUAUGGAUCAGUUUGAAGAUAUUGGUCCAUCUGUUGUGUUAGCAUCACCUGGUAUGAUGCAGAGUGGUUUAUCUAGAGAGUUAUUUGAAGCGUGGUGUACUAGUAAACAUAACGGUUGUAUUAUAGCUGGUUAUUGUGUUGAAGGAACGUUAGCAAAGCAUGUAUUAUCAGAACCAGAUGAAAUAGUAACAAUGAAUGGUCAUAAAUUACCAAUGAGAUGUUCUGUAGACUAUAUCUCAUUCUCAGCUCAUGCUGAUUACCAACAAACCAGUGAAUUUUUACGAGCUUUACAACCACCUCAUGUAGUGUUAGUUCACGGUGAAGCUAAUGAAAUGAGUAGAUUAAAGGCAGCGUUACAAAGAGAAUAUGAAGAUAAUGAAGAUUAUAAAAUGGAAGUUCACAAUCCUAGAAAUACAGUCGGUGUUGAGUUACAUUUCAGAGGAGAAAAAAUGGCAAAGGUAGUUGGUAAUCUGGCUUCACAGAAACCUACUGAUGGUCAACAGAUCUCUGGUAUCUUGGUUAAAAGAAAUUUUAAUUAUCAUGUUGUGGCACCUGAAGAUUUACCUAAUUAUACAGAUCUAGCAAUGAGUACAGUGACACAAAGAUUAAGUAUAGCUUAUACAGGAACUAUACCAUUAUUACAGUUCUAUCUAACACAGUUAGCGGGUGAAAUGGAACAUACUAAAGUCAAGGAAAAACCUGCUUUACGUGUCUUUAAGAGUGUUACUAUUAUAUUCGAACCCCGAAUGGUGGUAGUGGAGUGGAUAUCUAACCCAGUGACUGAUAUGUAUGCUGAUGCUGUAGUAACUGUAGUAUUAAGAGCAGAACGAGAUCCUAUGCCUCAGAAAGCUGUACCUAGAGCUAUCCGUGUUGAUAAACAUCACUUUCAAGAAUGUAUGUUAGAUAUGUUACAAGAUAUGUUUGGUCCAGAAGCCACUAGUAAAUUAAUACGAGGUGAUAAAAUGACUGUUACAGUAGAUGAGAAUACAGCUACUGUAGAUUUAGAUACACUGGAAGUAACAAGUGAAAAUGAAACAUUACAACAAAUUGUUCAUACUGCAGUGAAUAGAUUACAUCAAGCUGUUACACCAUUAAAAUCAUCCUAGCCACACCCAAUCUUCAUAACUUCAUUAUCAUCUAAGAACUGAAUAAUAAUACAGCAUCAUUUUCAACAGGCUAUUUAUUCAGGGCUUGUGAUUUCCUGCUGGAGUUUGGAACAUGUUGUGACAAAUUCAGAGUGAAAGCAAUGUGGCAUGGAAAGAACAAUGUAUAUAUUCCAAGAAGCAAAAUACUUAAAU